AUGGCUCUAUCUAGUCCAGAAUCACCUGUUCCGCCACGCCGGGUUGUAAUUAAUCGCACUGAAAACCCGAGCGAGGAACACGAGGAGCUUAACAAGAUGGCACACGGCGUUGUGGCAGAAAGUCGAAGGUUUGUACUCUUGGUUGAGUUUUCUUUUAUGUAGCAAGGGUUCGCUUAGUUGUGUUAUUAUGGAGGAAACUUAUUUAAAGUAGAUAAUUUACUGAAAUUUUAAAAGGUGUAUAUGUACACGAGCCCAAGCCUAGCUCUUGAUUUAUUACCUGGCCAUAUGCAUUGUUUCUAUUUUAUGUCCCCCCCCCACUCCCUUCCCCCCCCGCUAAUCUCAAUCGAUGAGGUCUCAACAUGCGAUGCAUACCGGCAGCCUUAACUAACCUGUUGAUCAGUUGCACGGUACUUUUUUCUCAUUUCAUUUUGUUUGUAUAACCGCUUAUUUUACUCAUUUGACCUUAAGACGGAAUCUACCAGGAAAUUGAAUAAUUUUGAUUUCCAGUGGACAAAAACCUUGUACCAGAAUAAUUUAAAGCAUAUUGCAUUCAAGGGCUGAAGAUGUAAUUAGUCAUCUGUAAUAAUGCCAAAGAAAAUUUCUUAAUGAAGCCCAAGAAAAUGAAAUGCCAAAUUUCACAAAAUUGCAUCUUUCACAUGAAAUUUUCAGAAUUAAAUUAAAAUUACUCAGUUUCCCGGUGGAUUCCAUCUUAAUACUUGAGCCUCUUUAUGGGUAUUUCCUGUAUUAAAUGGACACAAGAGCAUUCCACAAGGGUGUCCAUCUAAUAUAAUCAAACCCCACUUCAUGGACACCCGCUUAAUACGGACACCUCAUUAUUAUGGACAGUUUGCUUUGUCCAUGGGGUAAGAAAGCCCUUACAUUUUCUCUAAAUUCAACCUGCUUAUUAUGGACACCCCACUAAUACGGACAUUUUCUAUGGCCCCCUCAGUGUCCAAAAUAACAGGGUUUGACUGUACUGGUUUCACAACAACAGCAACAACAAAAACAACAACAAUUUUUAUUGUACCCAAAGCAGAAUAUUAUAGUUAUUUACAAGUUGUUAAAUUAAUCAAUUAACUAAAAGGGGUACUGACUUUCUGAAAUAACUAAUAAGUUUAAAAUGCCAAGAAGCCAGAUUCAGUAAGAUGAUUUAAAUAAGUUUAUUGUGCGGAGUACAAUAUGGCAGCGUAUCAGACUGUAUACACACAAACACACUGAUAUACACACACACACUAGUGCAUAUUACCAUAAGAAGAGCGAAAAAUUAGGAUAGAAGUUACAAAGUACAAGAUAAUUGGCAAUAUUAGUACAGCGAAAGAUAAUGUUGUUUUAAUUUUGAUUUAAAUUGAGAAAGAGAAACAGCUUUAAUCUUUUCAUCAAUUAAGUUCACUGUGGAUGUCUGACAACCUUUCUGGUUUGCCUGGCUAAAAUGGUGACCUAGUAGGACACAAUUAUGCCCUUUCUAAAAGGAAAAAAAAAGUAUUUUUAGGCCUGCUAUUCAAAACCAACUGUUAACUCACUUUUGUAGCACAAUAUAUGCCAUGCCACGUCAAGGUGUUUAAAUUCCAUGGUUGUUUUGUUUACAGUGAAGAUGUCUUCUCAAGCUAUGCUUGCAACUCAUUAAAUCAUAAAGGAAUUAAACAUCAUCCGGGGGAUAUUGUAGAAGCUGGUUGCUUGGCGGUAAGUAUGUAUACUGCAUGUUUUUUGAAAUGGCUUGAAAAUCAAACCAAAUUUGUCCCUACUGUGGUUAAACCUUGUUGUUUGAGUCAGAAUUUUCUUUGUUUCCUAGCCUCAACAAAGAGAAGUCACUAUGUCAUGUUGCCCUGCUUACUAGCAAAAUUCCUGGAUCUCAGCAAACUGUGGCCCUGCAAUUAUAUGGGAGAAAAAAAUAGGACUGUAUGACUUUCCUAUGAUUGCACUUAGGACUUUUCUUUCAUCAUCCAACAAUACAAAUCAUGAAAUGGCCAUUUCUGUCUUGAAAGAAGGACUGUUGAGAUCCAGAAAUCUUGUUACAUGAUGGUAAACUGAUAUCACGCUUUUCCCAAUUAUUUGUAGGGGACAAAGAUAACAUUAUUCCAUUUUAUCUGAGAACAGUUUAUUCUCACAAUGUUCAACUAUCUGCGCUAUUGAUAUUUUUGUUUUUAAAAAGGUUGUUUCAUUUUGCAGGUUUUACUGAUGAUUAUCUUUUUAAAGUAAAUGCACAAUAAAAUGGCUACUGACUUAAUGUAUGUCCCCUCUCUUUUCUAGGCACAGCAGCUACCACAAGCUAAAUACCAGUUGUUUAAAUCGCUUCCACAAGAUUUAGUAGAGACAGGUGAUGAUAAUUGACAUAUUUACUUUGACCUACAUUCUGGUUAUUCUCUUGCUUCUUUAAGUCUCCGGUACUUGUGGCUCUCAAGUUCUCUUAGUUUCCUUUGCUCUGUGGCUCUCUGUUAUGCCUGGUUUUCCUGAUUCUCAUGGUAUAUUUCUCAUGGCUCUUCCUGUUAUCGUGGUUCUUGUACAUGUAGUUCUCCUCGGUUUUGUGAUCCUCCACAAGUACAUGAACCAGCCUCUGAGGACUACAAGAACCACAGAAACAGGAGACCAAUGAAUCAUGAUGCCAAUAAGAAGUAGGAAACCAUUUUAAAUUCAAGAAUCAGAAGAACCCAUGAGACCAUUGAGACCCUGGCAAAAAAAUGAUGAUACCGAUGAAAAACAUGUGCGACCAUUCAAAUCAGACCUCUUCAACUGUACUUUCACAUGGCAUCAGACUAAAAAACUAAUUGUUUUUUCCACAUUUACAUGCAAAAACUCUUUAAAAAUGAAAGUUGAAAUUUUUGUUGAAUUGGACACUUUGGUCACUUCUUGAAAAAAAGGGUUUAUCAUGAUCAUAUGUGACCUUAUUUAGGAAAAGGGGGAUUAAGGUGAAUAACAAAAAAACGUGUUUUCUAUUGUUUUAAACAUAAACGUGUUAAUUAAAACACUGUUAAAAAGUAUUUAAACAACUUUUAAACACACAAAAAACGCAUGCGCAAGAUUUUUAUGUCGAAAGAGCUUUACACAAACGACGCGUUUAAACGCUGUUACUUUACCUCAAAUGAGGGCAUAAUUACACGUACACUUGCUUCAUUAUUGGGUGUCAUCCGGGGUUACUCUGAUUUAUUUGAAGCAAUGCAGCUCGACAAACCAUCAAAAACUUAAUUCAAGGACUCGGAACGGAGAAGAAAUGCGGGAUCGAAAGUCCAACCAAAUACGGCGAAGUUCUUUGAGGAAGAAAACAAAACACUAAAUAUUUGGUGACUCAGUACGUAAAUCAUGAGCAUAAACUUCAACUGAAGUGAAGUAUGUACGAAUGAAUAUCACAUGAUGGAGCAAUAAACAGCGCUGUUGCAGCAGUGCAGAAAAUUCCUGAAUCACGAUCUGGGCUGCAAAAGUGGCUUCGAAGAGACAAAAUGUUGUUACCGGUAAUGGCCUACCACUUGUCAGUACAAAAAAAAAAGAAUUGCAGACUUCAAUAAUACAAUAAUCAUGAGACAUGGUAGAGGAGUUGACAAGGCCUUAGAAACGGUGUAAAAACCACUAGAAAGUCAAAAUACAACUGAUACUUUUAAUCCACGCGUACACAUUACAAAAGCACGUGACAUAACAAAUCUGCAACAGUCUUGCUUUGGCAUGGGUCGCACUUGGGAAAAGUUUUCAUCUUUGCCGGCUAAAAAACCACAAAAAUUCGAAACCGCAACCGGAAAAGAAAACUUUUAGUCCAACCGAGGAGGGUCGCAUUAGUGGGAGUUAAUAAUUUUUGCUUUGACACAUCGAGAACUUUUAAGUUCUCGAUGUGAAAGAACGCCAGAUACCAGAAAACAUUUUUCUCUUCUUCGUCCGAACCUUUGUCGAAGGAUCUUUUUCCUCCAUUCCCAGAUUCAGGAGGAUGGGACAGAUAAAGAAGACCAGAAAGUGCUUGGAUGCGAAUAGAGCAUUUGGCUUGGGGAAUAACAAACCUGUGAAGUGUUUGCUUGCGUAGACGGGAACUCAACUGGUUCGCCUUCCAUAGAGCUAGUUCCCGUAAAAACGUUAAAAUAGCGAAGGUUUAUAAGCGAGUGAAGUCCUUGCCUGUAGAGAGUUUUCGAAAAAAAACUUGAAAUGGCGAAGGAUAGCCGAGUAGAAGCCUCUUCGCGAAGGUCUGAAAAUUCGACCGCGUUUAUUUUAAAUUGAUCGUGUUUCAAAUGGAUCACGUUCAUGACAAGGCGCUGACAGUUACCGCUGUGAUUCCUAUUGUUUAGCUCGAGUUUUCUAAAAUCUGCCUGCCCCGCCCAAACACUACGGCGUCUUUGAUGUUUUUGCCGAUUUUCAAAGUUUUUUCUAACUUGAAAACUCGGGGUCGCACUUAGCAAUGUCCACCGAUGACAGAUUUCUACCGCAAGGUAAACAAAUUCUCCCAAAACUUUGCCAAGUGCGACCCAUGCCUUUGUAAAUAUUCAGCAAUCACGGUCACUCAUGUAAAUGUAAGAACAUCCAUUAACAUGUAGACAAUGAAGAUUAUCUUUUUUAAAAAUAAAGAGAAUAAGAGCGAUUGUGCUACUUAAGAGGCUGUCCGCGUAAGAACCGAUAAGGCAAAUUUCGGUGUAUCACGGAUUGCCCUGAUUUUUUCAGUGGAAGAUAACUAUCCUAUCCCAUGAAGAAAUAUCACAUUUAUUUGGACCAACUCAAUUUUUUCUCUAUAUUACAGGAAGAUUUUCUCGGUCACCUUAAACUGGCCCGUUUGCCUUCAGAAGUGGUGCGAUUUUGGUGAAACUUUAGGGCUCUGUCAAACCUACCUUACAUAGCCGAAUAAGCUGAUUAUUUUACACACAAAAGUUUUAACUCUCAUUAACAGUGUCAAAGUUUAAUGGUUGCAUUCUGUGGAAAGUUGGCUGAGAUAUGAUUUUUUUAAAAUGACCGUUAAUUUGCUCAGCAGGAAAAGUAAUUUGCAUAACUAGAGCUGAACGGUAAUUUCGCGAAAGUGGCACCUGACCCAGACUCAGGUCUGUGAUAAAUCAGAAGUACUAAGACCAGUCUACUUCUUAAUGCAAUAAAAUUUGUGGGCACUCUUCUCUGCGCGCUGUACAAAGUUCCGUUAAUGUUACAAAUUCGCCAUUUUGACAGCAAAGCUGGAACUGUAACGGUCCGCAUUUGAUCGACUAAUUUCCACAGUUUUAACGUUUCUCGUUAUCACCAAAUGUCAUUAGACCGUUUAAAUGUUGGACGUUUGAAAACACGAGGAGAAAACUUGGUAAUCGCUUUUUCUUGGUUUUUUUCCUGGUCGACGAUCAGAACGCGACUUCAUUCUCCGUAUGCAAAUUAGCCUUAGAUGCUUCGUUUCAAUUAAUUGAAUUGACAGGAAACAUAACUGCUUAUAUUUCACAUUUUUAAGGGAAAAUAUCUCUUAGAACUUUCCACGAAAAAACACGAACGAUAUAUGACUUAGAAUCCCCUUAGGUCUGUUUCACGAGGAAGAAGUAGUAGAAGAAGAUAUGUUUACGCGAAUUAAAAUAAUUUAAUUACUUUGGCCCGUCACGCAUUCCCCGAGACUCGUGGCUGUGUUUCGAUCAGUUCUUUUAUCUGAUUAUAUUUUUUUUGAAGUGAUAGUUAUUGAUAAUCAUACAAUUUAAUCACUGUUAAUUCCGAUUCUUUACUGGGUGGGAAAUACCGUGCUGUUGUAUUUAUUCAUUCUACGACCGUUUUAACUGAGUCAGUAUCCCCGGGAGCCACCGUGAGGAUAGGGUUUAAUAUGACAGCCCAUGGUGUAAUACACGACAAUUAGCUACAAAGUAGUCACUUGGACACGGCCACUCUUAUUCACGAGCACUAGCACAAUAUUUUCAAUUACAGGAUCAAAAAUUAAUAUUUUGGAAAUAGCUCGCAAACAACUUCAGAAAUACCGUGCGACACCAUAGGACCACACCUGCAAAGUAUUUUCUUUUCCUAGAUCCCUUGCUAACCAUAGGCUAUACAAACGUUAGGGUGGUAUUAACAGAGCAUUGUGUUUAUCGCCAAUUAACAACAUUUCAGUAAAAAUGAGGAAUGGCAUGCAGAAAAAGGCAUAGUUAUUGUUGACGGUCCUUCUCCUGUUAAAUCCCAAAAGUUUUGCCGGCUGUUGGAGAAAAGCACGUGCAAUCUUGUAUGAAAGACGAAAGUUUGUCAACUAGGUCUCCUUUUCUUUCCCUGGAUUUGAAUGGUAUUUUAAAGUGACACAAGAUUUUUUUAGCAUUACCACGUUGAACUGACUACGUUGUUCUUCCUUUGACAUACACAUAGGUUGAAAGCUUCUGGUUGAGGGUGUUGUGGUCUCAAUUUUUCAGCGAUUUCUGCAACAAGCUUUUGCCUUUCGAACUCCUCGUCUUCUUGCAACAGAUCUCUAUGGUCAAGUUCAACUUGUAUACACUUAGGAUUAUGUUUACGUGUUGACUCAAACGGGCCUAGAGUCCAACAUGGGCUGGCAAUAGGUGAGCACGGAAUUGGAACGGGAGUUGGGGGAACUCCCUAUGAUGGCCUAUACGGGGAGGUUCCGCCCGAAAGGAGUAUCUUUUUCAGGCUUCAGGUAUAUGAAAGGGCGGGCAUUUCACUGGAUGAAGUAUAUAAAAGGGCGAGUGCGCUUAUUGCAGCCUUAGCAGCAUCUUUGGUGGUUCUUAAAGAAAAAAGAACUAAGUUUAAGAAUUUAAGGUAAAAGUAGAAGGACUUACUUUUUCAGAAAUUAAUAUACACGGGAGAAAUUUCACCCCCUUAAAUACAAAUGCUUAUUAAAGUAGAGGUGGAACAGUGGGGAGAGAAGGUGGAUGGUAAAGUAGGUUAAAAAUGGAGAGGUGAGAUGAAGCACAUUGUUCAAGAGCGUAUAAAUACAAAAAAAAAAAAAAAAAAAAAAAACAGCAAUCUGGAGGCAUUUUUGAAGACUUAAUGAAAACGUUCAGUCAAACAAGAAAAACAGAGAAAUCUUGUCCAAUAAACCUCUCCGGCAAAUGUGUGGACAAGGUUGCAGACUGUUCAAUCGUGCUCUUCUCGACUCUUCGGCGUCAAGUUUUUUCAAGUUUCUUGCGACAGGAGGAGCAAAUGGGCUAUAUAAAGUUGAACUGAACACUAAGGUACUUUUAAGUAUCACUAAUUUUUACAAAACCCAGAGACAUGUUUUAAACACUGUUUAAGUUCAAAAAAGUUAUUUUUAUUGCAAGAAUGAAAUACUUUUCAUACACGUGAACGACACCUCGAUCACAAUCACUCCUAGCCUCGUCCCCAGGACAUUCUUCUUAGAAAAUGACAGGGGCGGGAAAGCACUGGGGACGAGGUUGAAUCCUGACUCCGUGUAGAAAGUUCUUUUUUCCCCAUUUAUAAUGCUCUUCAAACAAUCAUCAGAAAACAAUCUUUCACAACACACUGAUUAACCGGUAUGCCGGUAUAGUAUUUUAAAGGUAAGAAUUGAUUAGGGCAAGAUACACGGCUGUCAAAAAAAUAGAAAUAACAAAAACUAUCUUUGCAAGCUCAAAUAAACUGGAAACGAACUUCAGAAAACAUCGCAAGAUAAAAUGUUAAAUAGAGAAAUUAAAAUAUCUCUGUACGUUAAGACAAUUGUUUGCAUGAAGAAGAAAAAAGAAUGAUGGAACAAAACUUUGACUUAUUUCGCUGGCUAUCUGGAAAUUUACGACGUGUCUUCCUGCCACAGAAGUUAUUUUGCCAGUGUGAUCUAGAGUGUGACCGGGGUAUUGACAAGACCUUAGGCUCGAUUUCCGCCCUCUCCCCGUCCGUUGGGGGCUCGUUUUCCAAAACAGCGGCUUACAAUCGAGCCUAGCAAGACCUUGGCGCUCGCAAAAACCUGUGCCUAAAGCAGAUUGUCAUUUUAGUGUUAGCCUGUGUACACACUACCCUCCCCCCCCCUUGGGAGAAGCGGCCCCUUCUCCGAUUUUUCCUGAGAGAAGGGGGUCUGUACACAGGCUAUUUAGAGUCUGUGCCUUGGGCAGAUUGUCAUUUCAGUUCCGAAUACCCACCAAGCCUCGAAUAGGUACUCUCGCUAAAAUGAGUUCAUUUUCAUUGUCUUUGCUACACUUGCUACACUUAGACAAGUGAGAGCUGGCUAAGUGUGAGGUAAUAUCAUCCAUGCACUCUGUGACCAACACAUUUUCCUCCACACCCCUUCCGGGACCUCACUCUGUCUACGAUCUCGCGGAAGAACUGCUUGAUGAAAUAGCCGAGAAAGCCAUUUUUCACAAUUGAUCUCUUCGGCGAUUUCAGUGACAUAAUUAUAUUUAGUUUGAAACUGGCACCUGUUACAUUAUAAUUCAAUCAGAUUGAAACCAAAACAAGAUCAUCGUUGGAAUUCGGAUGUUAUACCCUAACAAAAACUGAAAAGAUACUCCCUUUUGCGUUUAUUCACUGAAAAAAGGAACUAUUUUUCCCUUUUCACUCUGCUACCGAUAAGCUACCGAUAAACGCUUUAAAGAUCUUUGAAUGAAACUGAAAUUUACCGCUAAUUUAAGAUAGAAAAAGUGUGGGGCUUUUUUUUUUUUUUUUUAUCAUAGUGCCAUGUACAAAGAUCUGCCUUCUCCCGAUAAGCAAAUAUCAUAAUAAAGCUUUCGACGUUAACGCUAUUUUUUAUAAAGGCAGGCAAAAAAGAGUCCCCAAACAUUUUCGUGUGCUGACAGGAGGAAUUACCUUGCAAGUGAACUCUUAUUUUUUAUUAUUAUCAAUAACUAUCAUUUAAAAAAAAGAUGAUAAUAUUAUCGAAUUGAUCGACACAACGCUAUUGUUUUCUAAUCGACCACCCCUCUUCAGGAAUGCGUGACAGGCCACAGUAAUUGAAUUAUUUUACGCCGCAAACAUCUAUCAUGAUAUAUUAUUCAGCUGCUUCUUCCUCGUUAAAAAAAAAAACAGACCUUAAGGGGAUUCUAAGUCAUGGUUUGUGUUUUUCUGUGGAAAGGAGAAUUAUUUUUCCCCUUAGAAAUGUGAAUGUAACGAUUAUAUUUCCUGUCAAUUUGUUGAAACAACGCAUCUAAGGCUAAUUUGCAUACCGAGAACGAAGUCACGUUCAUCGUCGACAAGAAAAAGACCCAACGAAAAGCGAUUAUUAAGUUUUCUCCACAUGUUUUCAAACGUCCAACAUUUAAAGGGUCUAAUGAUAUUUAGUGAUAACUGGGAACGUUAAAGCUGUGGAAAUUAGUCGAUCAGAUGCGGACCCGUUACAAUUCCAGCUUUGCUGUCAAAAUGGCGAAUUUUGGAACAUUAACGGAACUUUGCACGGCACGCAAAGAAGAGUGCCCACAAAUUUUAUUGCAUUAAGAAGUAGACUGGUCUUAGUACUUCUGAUUUAUCAUAGACUUGAGUCUGGGUCAGGUGCCACUUUUGCGAAAUUACCGUUCAGCUCUAGUUAUGCAAAUUACUUUUCCUGCUGAGCAAAUUAACGGUCAUUUUCAAAACAUCAUAUCUCAGCCAACUUUCCACAGAAUGCAACCAUUAAACAUUGAAACUAUUAAUGAGAGUUAAGACUUUUGUGUGUAAAAUAAUCAGAUUAUUCGGCUAUGUAAGGUAGGUUUGACAGAGCCCUAAAGUUUCACCAAAAUCGCACUACUUCCGACGGCAAACUGACUAGUUUUAGGUGACCGAGAAAAUCUUCCUGUAAAAUAGAGAAAAAAUUGAGUUGGUCCAAAUAAAUGUGAUAUUUCUUCAUGGGAUAGGAUAGUCAUCUUCCGCUGAAAAAAUCAGGGCAAUCCGUUAUAGACCGAAAUUUGCCUUAUCGGUUCUUACGCGGACAGCCUCUUAACGUUUGCACGGACACAAGCCAAAUGAUUUUUGAUUCGUUGCAGCGUAAGCCUGACAUCGCCUACCUUGACGUUUUGUCCAUGAUCCACGAUCUGCUACACUUUUUUCAUGAAAGAAAUCAACCCAAUUUUACUUUGGUCGUCGUUAAAUUUUACAAUGGACUAAGUAACGUACAUUAUCGUGAACGUUUUAAUCUUGGAAGUGCAUGCGUACCCCAGCUAAGAUUCUUGUAUCUGUGUUGCUUGCUCUGGUUCGAUUCAUUGGUACUUUAUAGCGUAGAAUUCACUGUACAGUGCCGUUGUUUACAAAUACGUUUGAGCUGUUUCGUCCAAAAAUAUCAACAGAACUUCCAUCUCGAAACAGAACUAGAUGCAAAAAACUUACAAUGUAUGAAUGUUUAAUUUGCGCCCUUCAUUCAACGGUCGCACAUGUUUGUCUAGAUAUGUAAUGGGAUCUCAUGCAAAGGUGCCGACCAAUUAGAUUACAGCCUAGGAUAUGUCUCAAGGGAAUUAGCGAUAACAUCCCACACUCGCCAGUCACGGAAUGAAUAUUAUUGAAAUCUUGAUUCAGAACACAUAGAAUUUGGAGGUUUAUUCAAUAAGCGAUCUUUGCUGCGCACAAGCUUACUCACAUUUCUUAGAGGUACAGUCAAAGUUUUCUUGUUAUAAAAGCGGGCCAAAAGCUGAUAUUUUCUGUUGUCACGGGGCGGGCGUCACGACAUCGUGACCAGUGACCCUGAAUGUAUUCAUGUUAUUCGAACGAUAACAUAAAACAUGACGAACGCUUGCGGCAUUAUUUCUUCGAUUCUGCUUCGCUUCUAAUCUGGCGACAUGCUUUUGUCGCCAAAAAUUCCGAAGCGGAAAAACGAAGGAGUCGAAUGUGAAAGUUUUAAAGAGUAUAAAAAGAUUAAAACAAGCUUGAGAAAAAGGAUUGACCAGCCUGUUGGUGAAGCCCGAUAUGCUGAUAGGAACAUUUUGAAACGUCGUUAGGUAGUUUGCGUUUCUUUGAGCAAUAUUGUUGGCUAUUGUAUUCAACAUGAAAACUACAGAAUCCGUAGGCUCAAAUUCGACUGCUUGAUCCAUCCUUAGGAAGACUCGAAAACCGCAUCUUCUUUCCUGCGUGUGCUAAUUGUUUGGUUGCUGCCGUUGAUAGCACGACGUUCUUGCACUGCAAGUGGGUUAAAGUCGGUGUGCACGAGGCGCUCACAGAAAAAACAAUAUUAUAGACAGAAUGUGAUUAUUAGCUGCAAUACAAUUUUUUAGCCACCUGCUAUGUAGAAAGGAAAGGCAAAAGGUAAGUUGCUAGUGAGUUGAUCAUUUUGACACAGUGAGUUGGAAGACAUGCACCCUAAUCUUUGCAUUUCAUAUAAUAGAACACAGGUAAUUUAUUCAUUCGAAAUACAACUAAAUUAGCUUACUUUCCAGCAUACGAAAUGCAAUAUUGAAGUGCAACAGAGCCACCGUUGUUUAAACGCAUUAAAAAUCUGUUUAAACGCAUACAAAAUGCGUUUUCACGCUUUUCGACGAAGCCGAUUAAACGUGUUAGAACGUUGUUUUCUAAAUUCACCUUAAUCCCUCUUUUCCCAAAUAGGGUCACAUAUAGUUAGGCUUUACUUGUAUCAGCUUUGCCCCCCUCCCCCCUCCUUUAAUCAGACACCAAAGGGACAGAACCAAGUGUCCACUUUACAGAGCUGUCUGCUUUAAUUAUUGAGGUAAAGUAAUAUGUAUAAAGUUAGAUGUCUUUAAGCUAUAUAUGUGCAAGAGAGAGAAUUGUUGUGUCCAUUUGCACAUGGCUAAAAGUUUGUGUAACAACUCCCAACAACAUGCAACAACAUUGCAACAACGUGCAACAGGGUGUGCCAAUGGACGCAACAUGUGACAUUGAACAAUGUUGAGAGCUGUUGGCCGACAAUGUUGCAUACAUUUGCACGAGGCUUUAGGAUGAAAAGACCUUAUAGAGGUGUUUGCAUGGAGGGGUUUGAUCAUAUUUUAGGUGAUAAUUUUGUAAUAAUAUUGACAAAGGGAAAUGUUGAUAAGCCCAUUUUUUUUGUUGACAUCAGGCAAACUAAGUGAUUUGCAACUGGAAGGAGUUUUGUAUGCUGUAUGAUUAUCACCUUAUUAAUAUCAAGAACUCUGUCAACAUUUGUCGGCUUUUGUAUUGCUCUUUCUUCUGUCCACAUAAAGCAUUUAAAAUAUUUGGGAAAAGAUGGAUUUCCAGCUAAAAAUAAAUUCAUUACAAAAAGGCCCUUCCAGCUGCUGUGGAUAUGUGGUAGCAGAGAGUGUGUUAUUGCACAGUCAUGGUCUUUAGUAAUAAAAUCAAGUUAAACAGCAUGAAAAAUUCAUUUAUAAACUGCUGUUGAUUUUUUUAAUAGUGUCAAAGACAUCAGAUGGUCCUUGCCAAUGGACAGAGAGCUGGAUUCUUUAUAGGGGAUGGUGCUGGGGUUGGAAAAGGAAGACAAGUGAGUACAUUUUGUUUUUGUACAAUUUCAUGCUGUUAAGUCGAUGAACUGUUACUUUGUUUAUUUAGACAAAAAUCAAGAACGAUGGCCAUUUUCACUGAGGUGCAAAUUUACCUCAUUUUCAUGCUUGCAAAAGCACUUCUUCGUUUUCAUUUUAAGGUGACUCGACCCAGUUUUUUGGGGAGGUACCAUCCUACUUUGAAGCUCUCUGGUAUCCCCUCCUUUACUUUUAUCGUAAGUCUAACACAUAGAAUGGAUAACAUAUAGAUCAAUCUACAAUAUAACAUAAAAUUUUUGGUGAUCGGAGCAAAUGUCACGUGGUUAUAAUGCCACGCCCCUUUGAGGUCUGAGUCAAAAAUCUGCUGUUGCCGGCAUUUUUUCGUGAAAAUCUCUCGGCUACACAUAGUGCACAUUAGUGCCUUGUGCUGAACAGAGUUUCACCAAAAUCGCAAAGACCCAAUUCGAGAAAUUCAGCGGUUUCCAAAUUUAGGUCAUAAUUUCUGCGAAAAUGAUAAGCAAAAUUUACACGAUUAUAUCUAAUAAACUAUGAGAUUUAUCCCUUUAUUUUGGGCAUCAUUAUAACAGAUGGGUCCUUGCAAGUCAGCAAAAUGCUUUAGGGCCUUGUAAAUGCGCGCGAUUUCGAGCAAAGCAAACAUAUAGAAAUUAUAGUUUUCACUAUUUGUUGACGUUUGUCAGCGUUUAAGAGUCCUUCUCACGAAAAAAGAAUUUUCUUAAGAAUUCGUAGCUUUUUUUCCUUCAAAUUUUUUCAGGGCCACAAUUGAUUAACUAACUAACCGGACUCUGAAUUUCAUGGUCAUUGAAAAACUGUGACAUUAUCUUCUAUAAGCCCAAACUUGAGUAAACAUUGAAGAUUUUUAGCGUUUUGGCUGAGUUUGUGCUUUGGGAGUUGUCUAUUGUUUCUAGUCUGUCAUUAUACAGCAUUCUUGUUCAGCAUGCAUGCAAUGACCACGCUUGGGUGACUUCCGAAUGCUCACUGCCAAACCUUGAAUAUAGAACGGUUUGACUUUAAGCCCAUUAAAUUUGUAGUCAAGAUUACACUCCAGUUGUUUUCUACUGUAGAUUGCUGGCAUUGUGUUGGACAAUUUUGCACGUGGAAGAUCCAGACAUAUAUGGUUUAGUAUUUCAGCUGACCUACCAUUAGAUGCCCAAAGGUGUGUUCAGAUUAUUUUUUAGCCAGAGUCUGAUUAUGUAUUCAAUGGAAUUUUGACCUUUUAAGUCAAUGAUUUUCACCCAUUCACUCCUGGGAAUUUAUCCAAAAAAUACCUUUUAAAAAAGUCUACUCUCUAUGACUUAUUAGCAAGGUAGGUUUUAUUACAGAUUUAGAAGUCAUAAACAGGAUUUUCUUUUUCAAAGUCAUCUUCUGGUCCCUCAGUCGAUCCUACAGGAUGCGGGCAGUAAAUUAUUUUGCAUCUUUGGAGAUCUCACAGAUGUAUCAUGGGCACAGGAUGUACAGGCAGGGGUAACAAAAUCACUGCAGCAUUAAGUUCAUAUAAAUUCCACAUUUUUUCGCGCUUUUACAUGUAACCCAUUCACCCACUAGAACAAAAUGGUCCAGGGGUAAUAUUGGAAGGAAUAUUCAGAAGCAUUUCCACACCAAUGAUCCAAUAAAAUCGAUAAAAUCGGCUUUGGAUUUGGAUUCACUGAUUCUGGACUGUGACAGAGUUUUCAUGAUGUGAAUCCCUAUAGCAGUUUGUUACAAAAUCAGUGAUGCUGGUAAUUGCUCUCUCUCUCUCUCUCUGUAUAGCUGUAAAAUACUAUAACCCAAGAAACUGACAAAUUUCUGAUUGUUUUUCAUUUGUCAGAGAUUUACAUGACAUUGGUUGUUUUGUCAAAGUGAUAGACGGUUGUCAGCAGCUGGAUAAAGAAACCAGGUACAAGAACUCAAAUACCAUGGGUAUUAUUUAGAGUGGGGCAAGAGGGCCAUGCCUUCCCCUGCCUUUUUGUCUAAAAUCUUGUUAAAUUUCAGAAAAAAUUCUCUCAACAUCAGUCUGUCUUCCAGAAUCUCAAUUUUUGGACAAAAUGCUAUCAGAGUUCUCACUGUUUUGGAACUUUUUAAAUCUUUCUCUGAAUACUACGAGUUAUCUACACUAGCUGAUGUCUGUUGUUAUCAUUAUGUAACACAACAUAUUCUUGGACAAGGUACAUAAAUUCCUUUUCUUAAUAAUUAUUUUCUAAGAUUUCUUUUUCAAACCAAUCUGUACAUGCAAGUUUCAUUAAUUUUCAUUUUCCUUCAAUUCAGGUGUAUUUUUCCCCAAGUGAUAAUCUGAUCCAAAAUGUUUCCAAGCCAACUAUUGCUUCCUACAGUGUAAAAGAAAGGAGAAGUCACACUGCCAUGGUAGCAAAAUUUCUGGGUCUCAACAAACUGUGGUCCUGCCAAUAUGGUGGGGAAAAAAACAACAAAUUUUUUUUUUUUGUGCAUUAUUGCACUUAAGAAUGAAAGGGUCGCUGGUAUUUUCCUUCCAUCUUUGGACAAUACAAAUGGCCAUCCGUCUCUGUCAAGGAAGAUUAUUGAUCCAGAAAUCUUGCUUCCACGGUAACAUGACAUCACACAUCUCUCUAUAGAAACAAUAUUCUGUGAUUUAUUUGACAGUAAUGAUAGAUCAGUAGGAAUUUUAAAACAAAUCCAAUAACAUUGACAUUAUUUUGUUUUACAGAGUAUUUGGCUUACCUGCUGAUUUUAAAGAGGGUGUUGUCUUCAGUACAUACGCAACACUGGUGUCGUCUGUUCAAAAAGGUGAGCGUGCAGUGUGAAUGUCAUCUAU